GUGGUUUUGUUUCGGUGGCUGCCCACAAUAGUAUGUGAGAAAUGAGGGCUGCUAUAUAUUUAAAAUUCAGUUAGCUCUCUUAAAUGAUUUUUUUCAUCUUCUUAACGAUAUUUAAUGUUUCCUUAUUAUUAUUUUGAUAUUGCCUAAACUAAACGAAGGAUAGCUAGCUAGCUUGUAAGCUAGCUUCACUGAGCAGCCAUGCCGUCCUACUCUGAAUUGAGGAAAACCAACCACUUCUACUACUUUAUCAAAUUUACCUUAAAUAUCUACUCAAUGCUCUUCUCGCUGAUGGGUCUUUGUGUGCUGUGUGUGGGGGUGUAUGCCGAAGUGGAAAGGCAGAAGAAUCGAACCCUGGAGGGUCUUUUCCUGGCCCCCGCCGUGGUGCUCAUCCUGCUGGGCCUGGUGAUGUUUACAGUGUCGGUGGUGGGCAUGGUUGGGUCCCUCAGGGACAACAAGACCCUGCUGCAUAUGUUCCUCUGUGUUCUCUGUGUGUUGCUGCUUCUCCAGGCGAUCGGGCUCGUCACGGCUCUCAUCUUUGAAAACAAGACGUCUGCCUUGUUUCAGAGCAGUAUACGAGAAGGAAUUAAACACUACUACGAUGAUCUGGAUUUCAAAAACAUCUUGGACUACGUGCAGCAAAAGUUUUCAUGUUGUGGAGGGGACGAGUAUAAAGACUGGGGGGUCAACCAGUACCAUUUCUGCAAUGGGACUGGUCCUCUAGCCUGUGGGGUUCCUUAUACCUGUUGUGUUCGCGGCAAGGUAGGAGAGGUCAUCAACACUCUAUGCGGCUACCAGACUCUGGAGCAGCAGCGUGAAUCCCUGCAUGAGCUGAUCCAUGUGCGAGGCUGCAUCCAUGCAGUCAACCUCUGGAUGAGUGACAACAUUGGAAUAACCAUUGCACUCUGCUGUGCCAUUGGGCUGCCCCAGCUGCUGGGCAUCAUCCUGAGCUGCGUCUUCUGGAACCUGCUGGUAGACAUGAGCGAGUCGGCCGACAUGGUGGACUUCAAGCUGAAGAAGGCCGAGGUCAACUACAGUGAGCUGGACCUGGCCGGUGCCGGCUGGUGCAUGUGUCUGCCGAGGGACGGCGGCUACCUCCCCGUCCCCGCCGCCGAGCCCGACCUCGACCCUAUCGACGUUCACCUGGAGAAGCUCAAGAAGCAGCAGCCGCGCACACACUCCCAGCUCCGAGAACUGCAGCAGUCCAGAUCGGCCACAGGGCUGGACGAGGUCGACGUCGGCCGCAAGCAGAAAAGGGAACACUGAGCGUUCUUUUUAACCCUUUCUUGCCUUUUGGGUUUGCCUUUUUUUUCUGUCAUUGUAAUCAUUUGUUGGAGUUGUGUUGCACUACUUAACAGUUGAACCUGUCAGUCAUUGGAUCAAAAGGAAUUUGGUCAGCUAAAGGGAUCAGAAGUACUUUAGCACUUUGUUGAGGAAUUUGUUUACAGUAAAAAAAAAAAAAAAAAGAAGGAACAACAUGCAACAUUGGCUUUUAAGAUAAAAACAUUUCUUUUGUCUUGUUUGUGGAAGUUGAUAUUCAAAGAUUUUAUGGCAUUAUGUCACAUUUUAUUUCUUCUUUUUUUAGCCUUUGAAAUUGAGCUAUGUCUCAUGUGCUAAAGCUUACCUCAGGCUGUUUUGACAAUAGCCCAGUAGUCAGAGGACAGUACUAUUUGGUGUGUAAAUUAAUGGUAGCUUGAAAAGACGUUUUUCAGUGUCAGAGAAAUAGGAAUAGCCAAGUAUGUCUUGCGUGUAGCGUCUGUGACGGAUGUAUACAGUUUGUGCAUUGUUUGUUUUUAUGAUGAUUUCAAUUUGAUUUUGUGCAAUCAGUGUACAUUGUAAGACUGGUAGUUGUGGAAUAACAUGGGAUGCAUGUUUUGUACUGUAUAUAAAGUAAGGAAAAAAAAACCUUAAGUUUACAUGUUAAGGCGUGUGUCCAUAUAGCAUUUUUCUCUGGCAGAAAGGCACUACACAGACGAGCUUUAAACACUAACGGUGAUAAAAGCACAACACUAACCAGCAACACUCAGUGUCUGGCCGAUCCUCCUCGACAGAUGGGCUUUUCUGGAGCUCACAAAAAAAAGUCGGAGAGCUCUGAAGAAGAUGCUGGGUGCUGCGCUUUUUCAUUAGGCCGCUGCAUGCAGCCACUAUAUGCUUUCUCCUCCUUGGAAACAAUUGAAAAAAAAACGCUACAUGGACACUCAGCCUUCAGCUCUCAUCAGGGGGGCUUCAGUCUAUUCCAUUUUUAAACAAAACUUUUUAUUCCAUCUUUUAAUGGAACAACUAAAGGGAUUAUCCAGACUACAAAUCCAGUGACAGGCUACUCUAUGAUGGUUUUUUGUAUCUGAGUUAUGCACUGUUUUGAGCUUCCCCCUAGCUCCUGCCUUGUAUCAGCACUACUGUUCUUGUCAAUAAAGCUGAAUUUGUCUACUGA